AGUCCUGUGGGGUGAAAAGGGUGAGUGAAAGGCGAGAGGGGAAGUCCAGAACCACCCCUCGCCGCCCUCCAACCCUGGCACUUGGCCCCCUCCCUCUCCCGCCUUUCCUUCCUCCCUCCUUCCCUCCCAUCGCCGUGUCAGAGCUGCAGCACCUGGCCAGAUUCCAUCGCGCCAGUUGUUUCUACCGCCUGCGGGUGGACAGACCUGGGGGGAACACGGAGAUCGGGGGUCAUCAGGAGGGGCAUCCCCAGCUCCUGGGCAGGCGGGGCAACUCCCCGCCCUCCGCUUUCAGAUCCAGUCCCUCCCUCUACGCAGCCGGGGAGGGCCAGGAAAAGGGGUCCUUGGAACCAGCCCUCUCCCCAAAAUACCCGCAGUCUCCCCAGACUCACGGCGGAUGGAGCUGCGGAAAGUUCCCUCCUCUUCAUCGGGUUCCCCAGUCCUGGGAAGACAGAGGCAGAGGGAUUUCGGGAUGGAAAGGGGGACAGGCUGCCCUUCUAGGAACCCCCAGUACAAGCCUCCUUUCCCAGACUGGUGUAACGAGGCCCAGAUAUGGACGAAGAACAGGCUCGGGGUCCGCCAGAAAUAAGAAGCACCCAGGAGCAGCUUAAGUGCUUGGCAGGGGGCUUCCAAGCCGGUUAACAGGACUUUGUUUAUCAUACCUGAGAGUCAGCAGAGGAAACCAACAGCUGAAGGGCAUGGCUCAAACCACAAGCUGCUGGGGUCUGCUCCUCUAGGACCUGGAUCCGGAGCCCACCCCCAAGCCUGCUGACCACUGAGGGAUGCCCACCUUGUGCUGAACCCCAAAAGGAUGAGUCACCUGAGUCCUCUCCACAACUGGGAAGUGGGUGCCACGAUUGUCCCCAUUUUACAGAUGGGAAAACUGAGGCCACACAGGACUGGGCCUGCAACCCAGAUCUGCAUGACCUCCAAGCUGUUAAGCCCCCUUAGCCUCCAACGAGGCUUCUGGGUGUGGGCGUCAGAGUCGAGAGAGCCUGCAUGCAUUCCGCAAUUACAGGGUGAGUCUCGGCCUCAGGUGAUGAGGUGGUACAGCCUAGGGGUUAGGUUUAGAGCUGAACAGAGCCAGGAAACUAAUCACAUAACUGCCCUGUGCCUUAGUUUCCCCAUCUGUAAAGCAAGGAUAGCAGUACUGCCCAUCUCACAGGGUGGCUGUGAAGGCUGAGUGAGUAUAAACAUUACUACUAUUUCAUGUUAGCUAACAAGUGUCACUUACUUAUUUUUCUUAUUUAGUGGACAGAAUCUAUCCAAAUGACUGAAAGCUUAGUCCAGAUUAAAACAACCAAUUAUCCAUCUAUCCAUGAACUCUCAUCUCCAAAGAAAGAAUGUAAAAUAACCUGGAGCAGCCCUGGGGCUGGAUGCCUGGGUUUGAAUCCUGGCUGUGCCCUCAGCUGGGUAACGUGGAGUUCAGGUUCCCUGACCUGUCUCCACUUCCUCCAGCUGUAAAGUGGUGGUGAUAACAGCACCAACUUCAGAGGGCUUUGGCAAGAUCAGAAUGAGUUAAUAGAUGAGCUUUUAGGACAAGGCCAGGCUCAGAGUAGACGCUGAAGAAGGGGUGGCGUCAUCAUCGUCAUCAUCAUCACCUUCUUCACCAUCAUCAUCAUCGUCAUCGUCAUCAUCUUCUUCACCAUCAUCAUCAUUAUGUCCUUGAGUUGGUGCCACCCCCCAGUGGGUGUUGGGCACUCGAGGGUUAAUUUCAGAGUGGGGGAGGGAGGCUGUGGGCUUGGGGCAGGGCAGAGGUCCUGCCGAGUGUGACCACCAGAGGGAGCAGCUGGACCUGAACUGGCCCCACUGACAGCGCCCAAUGCACCCUCCUGGAGCCAGGGGAGGGGGCUGGCGGAGAGUGGCCAGGAAGGGAUGUCCCCAGCCCCCAGGGGCCUCUCCUCCCACCCUGCUCCAGUCUGCAGAGCCAUCCGGUCCCCACCCUGGUGACAUCGUCCUCCUGCUCCCUCAAUAGGGUUGAGUGGGGAAUCUGGGGAGGGGGCUGGUGUGAGUGGUGGGACGGCUCCAGCCCUUGGUGGCCCCUCCCCCUCCUGUGGGGCUGCCCAGUCCCUUCCCCAAGGCCGACCUUCUCAUGGCCUCUGACCCCCUCCUCCUUCCCACUCUACUCUGCCGGGUGCAUCGGGUGUCCAGUGAACCCCUUUCCCAAACCUUCAGGGAGAAGGGACGUGGGAGGAGGCAAAGAAACUACAGGCAGGGAGCUGGAAGGGGGGGAAGGAGACAAGAAAUCAAGACACCAGGCAGCGGGACGCACACACUCACAUACGCUCACACACAUAGAGGCCAACAGACAGACAGCUACCUAAAGCCUGAAAGACUGACAGCAACACAGAAAAAGAGAAACACACAGAAAGAGAGACAAAGACAGAAAUAGAAACAGACUAACACGCAGAGUCAGAAAUACAGAGACAGAAAGACAGGGAGAAAGAGAAACAGAAAAUUAGACACCAAAGAGAUACGAACAGGGAGGAAGGCCGACUGAAGGAAAGACGGAGAAGAGGAGAGAGAAGCCAGGGCCAAGCGUGCCAGCAGGCGGAUGGAGGGCGGCCUGGUGGAGGAGGAGACAUAGUGGCCCAGGCUGAGCUGGGUGGGCCGGGAGAAGCGGGUGCCUCAGCGCGGGGCUGGGGGCAUGGGAGGGGCAGGCGUUCUGCUGCUGCUGCUGGCCGGGGCGGGGGUGGUGGUGGCCUGGAGGCCCCCAAAGGGAAAGUGUCCCUUGCGCUGUUCCUGCUCCAAAGACAGCGCCCUGUGUGAGGGAUCCCCGGACCUGCCUGUCAGCUUCUCUCCAAACCUGCUGUCACUCUCAUUCGUCAGGACUGGAGUCACCCAGCUGAAAGCCGGCAGCUUCCUGAGAAUUCCGUCUCUGCACCUGCUCCUCUUCACCUCCAACUCUUUCUCCGUGAUUGAGGACGAUGCGUUUGCGGGCCUGUCCCACCUGCAGUACCUCUUCAUCGAGGACAAUGAGAUUGGCUCCAUCUCUAAGAAUGCCCUCAGAGGACUUCGCUCGCUUACACACCUAAGCCUGGCCAAUAACCAUCUGGAGGCCCUCCCCAGAUUCCUGUUCCGAGGCCUGGAGACCCUUACUCACGUGGACCUCCGUGGGAACCCGUUCCAGUGUGACUGCCGCGUCCUCUGGCUCCUGCAGUGGAUGCCCACCGUGAACGCCAGCGUGGGGACCGGCGCCUGUGCGGGCCCCGCCGCCCUGAGCCAUAUGCAGCUCCGCCACCUCGACCCCGAGACCUUCAAGUGCAGAGCCAUAGAGCUGUCCUGGUUCCAGACGGUGGGGGAGUCGGCCCUGAGUGUAGAGCCCUUCUCCUACCAAGACGAGCCUCACAUUGUGCUGGCACAGCCCUUCGCCGGCCGCUGCCUGAUCCUCUCCUGGGACUACAGCCUGCAGCGCUUUCGGCCCGAGGAAGAGCUGCCCGCGCCCUCCGUGGUGUCCUGCAAGCCACUGGUGCUGGGCCCGAGCCUCUUCGUGCUGGCUGCCCGCCUGUGGGGGGGCUCACAAAUGUGGGCCCGGCCCAGUCCCGGUCUGCGCCUGGCCCCAACGCAGACCCUGGCCCCGCGGCGGCUGCUGCGGCCCAAUGACGCCGAGCUCCUGUGGCUGGAAGGGCAGCCCUGCUUCGUGGUGGCCGAUGCCUCCAAGGCAGGCAGCACCACGCUGCUGUGCCGCGACGGGCCCGGCUUUUACCCGCACCAGAGUCUGCACGCCUGGCACAGGGACACGGACGCUGAGGCCCUGGAACUGGACGGCCGGCCCCAUCUGCUGCUGGCCUCGGCUUCCCAGCGGCCCGUGCUCUUCCACUGGACCGGUGGCCGCUUCGAGAGACGCACAGACAUCCCUGAGGCCGAGGAUGUCUAUGCCACACGCCACUUUCAGGCUGGUGGGGACGUGUUCCUGUGCCUCACACGCUACAUUGGGGACUCCAUGGUCAUGCGCUGGGACGGCUCCAUGUUUCGUCUGCUGCAGCAACUUCCCUCGCGCGGUGCCCACGUCUUCCAGCCACUGCUCAUCGCCAGGGACCAGCUGGCCAUCCUGGGCAGCGACUUUGCCUUCAGUCAGGUCCUCCGUCUUGAGCCUGACAAGGGGCUCCUGGAGCCGCUGCAGGAGCUGGGGCCCCCGGCCCUGGUGGCCCCCCGUGCCUUCGCCCACAUCACUAUGGCUGGCAGACGCUUCCUCUUUGCUGCUUGCUUUAAGGGCCCCACACAGAUCUACCAGCAUCACGAGAUUGACCUCAGUGCCUGACACCACCAACGGAACUCUGGGCAUGGCUGGGGCCCCGGGAUGGCCCCUUGUCUGGCUCCUGGCCCCACUUGGGGUGAUGGCCGCCUGUGAGCUGCUGACCAUGGGCCACGUUCAUCAGCCAUACGUCUAGGCCUUAAGCCCACUUCUUAAAGGAUCUGCACCCAUGGGGUGACAUAGAGGGUCCCAGCCUAUUGGACCUCCCGAGCUGCCCUUCAGGUCUAAAGCAACAUCUGGACAUCUCAGCUGGGACAGAUUCCCCAUCAAAGGCAACCUGGAGGUGCAGGCUGGUACACUGCAUGGAGUCGAGGUGGAGAUCACCUGCAGAGCUCCAUGAGGUCCGGAAGUCCCCUCUCAACCCGCUCCCACCCCCGCUGGUCCCUCUGAAAGCACUGAGGGGUCGACGGCAUUCCUUUCCCAUUCUAAACUCCAUGCAGCCAAUCGCUUUCCUGGAAAAGCACCAACCUCAAAGCCAGCUCAGCGCUGGGCGGGUUCCCCCUUUGCUGCUUGUGCGCAUGCGUGCGGCCGCCAGGCGCGCUGUGCCUCUUGCGCGUGCGCGGGGCACAGGGCGGGACAGCGGGAGGUGUCGCGGGGAGCCCGGUGCCCUCCUGGAUGGGCUACGGAGGCAAGGACAAGAAGAGUCCGAGCUCAAUAAAUGCGCUGUGCACCCUGCC